CGUGCAGCUCCCACUGCUUCCUCUUUUCUGUCCUGCUUCCCUCCGGCUCUGUCUCUCUCUUCUCCCUCUCUCUUUCUGAAAUCUGCUUCUCAUGCUAGAGGCCUACAUGGCAGCUUGUUGUCUCCGUCACCCUCCGCCACGGCUGGACCGUGUUGUCACCUCGUCUGAAGUCUUGCCAGGGACACCCAACUUGUAAAAGCGGGCAUCUGAUGAGCUUCUCCCUUCUGGUAUCGCUAACGGGCCUUUUACCAUGAGCCAUUCCACUCCAGCUACAGCUAAUGGGAACGAUAGCAAGAAAUUUACAGGAGAUCGCUCUCCCUGUUCCCCUUCACGCGUUAUCCACAUUCGCAAAGUUCCAAAUGAAGUCACAGAAGCUGACAUCAUCUCAUUAGGUGUACCUUUUGGAAAAGUUACCAAUCUUUUGAUGUUGAAAAGUAAAAGCCAGGCCUUCUUGGAAAUGGCUUCUGAAGAAGCAGCUAUUACUAUGAUGAAUUACUACACCCCUGUCACUCCUCAUCUCCGCAGCCAGCCUGUCUAUAUUCAGUAUUCUAACCACAGAGAAUUAAAGACUGACAACCUACCUAAUCAGUCGCGCGCACAGGCUGCUUUGCAAGUUGUGAACACUGUCCAGUCUGGUGGUCUGACUCUCGCUGGUGUUCCCGGAAGUGAAAGCUUGAUGUUAACAGGCCAUAGUCCUGUGCUAAGAAUAAUUGUGGAAAACCUGUUCUAUCCUGUUACUCUGGAAGUUCUGCAUCAGAUCUUUUCCAAGUUUGGAACAGUACUAAAGAUCAUCACAUUCACAAAGAACAACCAGUUCCAGGCUCUGCUUCAGUAUGCUGAUCCAAUGAACGCACAUCACGCCAAAGUGGCUUUAGAUGGGCAGAAUAUUUACAAUGCCUGCUGCACACUGCGUGUCGAAUACUCCAAACUGACAAGCCUUAAUGUCAAAUACAACAAUGAUAAGAGUCGAGACUUCACCCGCCUUGACCUCCCUAGUGGAGAUGGACAGCCAUCCCUUGAUGCCACAAUGGCAGCUGCUUUUGGUGCUCCAGGUAUAAUUUCCUCACCUUAUGCAGGAGCUGCUGGAUUUGCACCCACUAUUGGCUUCCCUCAGGCAGGACUGUCAGUCUCAAGUGUACCAGGAGCCCUUGGACCUCUUGCUAUCACUGGACGUAUGGCAAUACCUGGCAUGACUGGCAUUCCAGGACACUCUGUUUUGUUAGUCAGUAAUCUAAAUCCUGAUGUUAUCUUACCCCAUGCCCUAUUUAUCCUGUUCGGAGUGUAUGGUGACGUUCAUCGUGUGAAGAUUCUGUUCAAUAAAAAAGAAAACGCAUUGGUGCAGAUGGCAGAUGCAACUCAAGCACAGCUUGCUAUGAGCCAUCUGAAUGGACAGAGACUUCACGGAAGGGUACUGCGAAUUACCUUGUCAAAGCACCAGGCUGUUCAGCUUCCUCGCGAAGGACAUGAAGACCAAGGCCUAACUAAGGACUAUACCAACAGCCCACUACAUCGCUUCAAAAAGCCAGGCUCAAAGAACUUCCAGAAUAUAUUUCCCCCCUCUGCAACCCUACACCUAUCGAACAUACCGCCUUCAGUUUCGGAUGAUGACCUUAAAAGAUUAUUUGCAAGUACGGGAUGUUCAGUGAAGGCCUUCAAAUUCUUCCAGAAAGACAGAAAAAUGGCACUUAUCCAGCUUGGGUCAGUGGAGGAAGCUAUAACAGCUGUAAUAGAUCUACACAACCAUGAUUUGGGAGACAACCACCAUCUGAGAGUUUCAUUUUCUAAAUCAAUGAUCUAAGUCCCAUCUGCCAUCAACAUUCCUUCCUCUUCAUUAAAUCUUUGUAAAGACUGGACCACGGUUUUGGCAAAUGCAGUCAGACAGAGACUGAUAAUUAUAAGACCAAACCUGCCUCGUUUGUAAUAUUAGGUCUCCAUGGGAAGGAAUGCAUCAUAUGCCUUCUUAUAAACAGACUGAGAAUAUGCAGAAUCCAUCUAAAGCUUUGUGCUUGAUAGUGAUGAAAUAUACACAUUCUGCAUUUACAGCAAAAUCGAAGUAUGAUCAUUUUGUUUUACAACUUCAUAUCCUUGGUGUUCAUUUUCUUUUUGCUCCAAAUAAACCUUCCACAACAUUUUUCUGACAAUCAUCAAGGUUUUGAAAUAGUUCUAUGGAGAUGAAUCUCUACUCCUCCUUUUCCUCUUUUUUGUUUUUUUUUGUUUUGUUUAUGUGAUGAAUUUCACUUUACAAGAAUUUAAAGGGGUUGUCCCAAGAUCAGCAUUUAUCAAUCGCCUACAUGAUAGGUGAUAAAAGCCUGAUUGCUGAAAUCCCACCUCUGAAACAUCACCAAACACCAGAAUGGGGGUCCUGAGCCUGCCGUUCCUCCUCACUUCAUGACCACAGUGAGGAGCAGUUUAAGCACAGCAGUCGAGUAUGCAUGGUGCAGCUACGCUCUCUACAGAAGUCUACAGAACUAAGUUAGCCGAACAUUGGACUUGGCUAUCAACAUCAGUCUGAUAGACAUUCAAUAGAGCUGCAUGGUUCAAACUCUUCCUCCCUUUGGUUGUACAGUGAGGAGGAACAGGGGUUGAGGACCCCUAUUUUAGUGUUUGGUAGUGCCCCCAGUGGUCGGAUAUUUAUCGUCUAGCCUAUAGACAGGUGAUAUAUGUCAAUCUUGGACGACCCCUUUACGUCCUUCUUUUUUUUUAAUAUAUAUACUUAUAGGUAGAGAACAAUGAAAGUGAAGAUGACUUUUUUUGUUUGUUUUUGUUUUUUUUAGUGGGCAGAUCUCUGUCAAGUAUUCUGUUUUAGGCCGAUGAUAUGGUAAUAUAAUACCAUGACAAGUUAGACCGUAGACCAAAUUUGUUUUAUUGCCCACAAAUAUAUAAUUUUUACACAUUUUUAAUUAUUUAAGUUACCUUAUUCCUAAUUAAACCUUGCAUGUUGGGAUAUUUUAGUUUUUUUCUAAUGGAUCUCCAAGUUUUUGGAAAUGGUUAUCACACUGACUGCUACUUGAAAAUGUAGCUGCACAUAUUCAUAAGCGGCCUGCCUUGUGAAAUGACAGCUAUUGCCUGUCGAGAUGUGUUGUGUGAUAUGCUUAUUUUGGAGCAAACUGUAAAAGUUCACUGUUAAAUGAAAUCAUGAACUGUUUCUUUUCUGAAUAUAAGAAGUUUACAGUCUUACAAAUAAUUAUUCAGGUCUAUCAUUUGGUUUUGCAGAUUUUUGAGAAAUUAUUUUUGGUAAUAUGUUAAAGAAGAUUUAAACCUCAAGGGUUUUUGUACCACUAUGAUGACUAAAAUCCUUACAUCAGAAUUACUGUGUACUUAAUUUACUUAUGUGCCUUAUUAUGUGCUUAUAAUGUAAAAUAGGGUAGAUUAUUUUUGAUGUAUCUUUUGAAAAUUGUAUUGUGGGUUUGGUGAGUUUUUUUCCUUCAAAUAUUUCUAGUUUUCAGAUUUUAUGUUAUGUUUUUUUUUCUUUUCUGUUUCCAGAAGCAUUGAUGGGAAACUGUCAUCAUCUUGGUGCUGCCCUGACUGAGGGUAGCAUAGAGUAGUGACAUACAUGUUGAUUUCAGUGGUGUGUCAUUUAUUAGAUAAUAAGUGGUUGCUGAAAACCAGCUUCCUAAUCUUCACAGCCUAGGCCUGGAAAAGAGUCAUGGCUGCCUGAGAAGAGUCAUGGAUAUUGAUGAUCUCCUGCUCUACCCACCCACUUGCUGAUGGAGGCAGUUCUCUUCUAGAAGAAGGCUGGCAAUCAUCAGCAGGUGGGAGAGAUCAAGCAGGUGAUCAUGAAUAAACGUGAAUCUUCACAGGCAGCCAUGACGGUUUUCCAGGCCCGAGCUGCAAUGAUUAUGAUGCAGAUUCUCGACAACCACUUACUUUUUUCUCAAGAAUGACGCCACUGACAGCAUAAAUUGAUGACGGGUUCCCUUUAAAUUGUUUCAGUUGUGUAGAAAGCAGAUAAUGAGAAUAGAAACAGACGAUAAAAGCCUUGAAAAUCUGUAUACUUUUACAAUGAGGUGGACUUCAUGUAUGUUUCAAAUACUUGUUUGCAUGCCAGAUUUUUUUCGGUGUGGUAGAUAUAAAGUGUACUCGGGUGGUGGAGCACUUGUACUCGGCCACAUCUGUCCCUUGAGCCACAGGUUGGAUAGCACUAUCCUAAUAGUGAGUGAUGAAAAAUGUCACAGAUCUUCAGUGAAUAGUUGUCUGUCUACAACUAUUUACUUGUGUAAGCUCUGCAUUAUUUCUGAAGCUUUCCAACUUUCCAUUUUGUAUCACACAUCUGUAGGAAAACCAUAUGUGGUUUCAAGAAUCCUUUCUGCUCCUAUUUUACAGUAUGGAAGCCACUGUAGUCACUGGCUGAAAAACAGUGCAUGUAUGCAAAAAAGGCAGUAUCUUGCACCCCUAUGUACUCAGACUAACAAGAAAUUAGGAAACCUCUGUGUGGCUUUAUAUUUUUCCAUUUUUUUUUUUAAAUGGGUUUCUUUAUUUUAUUUUUUUUAAUGCAUGAAAGCCAGUUAGGAAAUUCAUAUGUGAAAGUAUCUGCAAGUUUCAAACCUGUUUGUAUUGAUAUAUAGCUAACAUAAAAUGUGAUGGUUUAUCUUGUUUAUAAGGUGUUGACGUAAAAAUUGCAGUGAAGACGUUAGGUUUUAUUUAUCCAUACUGUCUAAGAUAAAGUAGAGCUGGCCUUGUUGCCCAUAGCAACUAAGUACUGCAAUUUUUUUUAAACUACUCAGAAAAUACAAGCUGAGCUGUGAUUAUUUUUUUUUUUUUGGGGGGGGGGCAAACAAGACAAAAUUUCACCUUUCUCUUGCAAACACCAGAGAUUUGUAGAGAUUGUAUGGCGCCAAUUGAAGUCCUGUGGGGCACUGUGCUCAGGGUGUUGCUGUACCAUGCACCAUCAGGUAUGUAUGGAGAUAUUCUCACCUAGAAGCAAUGCACUAUACAAACGGCACCUGAUGGAGCAUGACACAAUUUUUGUACAGAAUCCAUGCUUACCAACACUUGUGUUGGUAAAUAUGUGGCAUUUAAGCCACACCCCUGGGCACACUUAAUUCCGCUCCCCCAGAAUGCUUAGUUCCUGGCAGGGUUUACAUAAGUCCCACUCAUUUUUGCCCAAAGAAAAGCUUAAUUUGCUGGGAUUGUCUCAGAAAAUCCAGGACAAUCCUAGCAAUUUUGAGACUGUUUGCAAAUUUGCAGAAUCCAACAGAGAAAAACAAGGGCCUCCUUGUGAAAUUAGAGGCAUAAGAAUCUACACCAAGGCCCAUGCACCUCUAUGGGUGCCCUGUACAAAGCAUAAGGCCUUGAAGAGUUUUGAUAAAUGGGCCCAAAAGAUGUCAACCUUGUGAAUCGCUGUGGUUUUUCAUUAAAUCCUGGUUGACCGCCAGUUGUUCUGGGUUGAUAGAUGCAUGGUCUGCAGCCGUUGCCACACUCAGAGUAUCUCAGGAUAUAUUAGAGCAUUUUUUUGCUUGAUUAUGCAUAUCAAAAUGCAAAAAAACAUAAUCUAAAUAAAAUCAAUCAUAUCCUCAAGAAUCUCUAACCGGCACUGAAUGUCAGCUGCUGCUUUACAAGAAAUUGCAGUGGUAAGAUAUAUAAUAUAGAUAAUAUGUGAGGUCUUAGCUGGUCUAAGUACGUUGUGUGGUGUUCAUUGGAUUCUUAACCGCCCCUUCCCCGUGUCUGAAAUAUAUCUAUAUAUAUAUAUGUGAUCAGAAUCCAAAAUCAUUAUUGACUAUUUAUAUAAUGUUUGUGAAGAACCAGGUCAGAAGGUGCUUCAGGAUUUCACUGGAGCGCUAGCAGUGUUUUACUUAAUAUUAUACAUGUCAUUUAUAGUACCCCUGACGUCCGUUUCAACAUGCGUACGUUAUACAGAGAUGUUUAACCUAUUGAGUACUGGUAACUAUACCCAACAACCUGUAUUAAUUGAAAUCCUGUCUCAGGUCAUUUUCAGAAGCAAAAAUAAAUAGUUCCUGAGUGGCUUCUCAAAAUUACCCAAAUGCUGAUUUUCUUUUGGCACUUUAAUUUAUUCUUUCCAGAUUGUAAUAUAAUAAUUGACAGAUGACUUUAAUUGCCAGAAAAGUGUAAUCAUCCGAACCUUUUCCAUUAUGUGUCAUGUAGCUGGGUGCACCUACCAUGAAUGAGAUACUUAACCAAACUGCAAUAAAACAAUACUUCUGCUGGAAUCUUCGCCCCUUCACAUCCAGAGGCAAUAAGGAAUUUUUCAUAUCGUGGAAUAACUUCCAGGACCACAGAGAAAAUGUAGACCGGUCAGCCUUACUUGUUUGAUUUUUCAUGAUUAACUAUUAUCUAUGUCUUUUUAGAGGAUACUUAUGGCUGGAGUAUGGUGACAAGCAAUCUUAUGUUCCUAAAUGUUUGCUUUGUAAAAUGGCAAAAAUUCUUUUGGACUUUGAGAAGCGCUCGUCAGCAUUAACCUAGAAUUGUCAAACUAUAUGGUCUUUUUCAUGGAUUCAUUAUAGGGUUGCUACUCAUUGAUUGUUGAAGUACUCUUUCUAUAUUCUCAAGUAUUGUGUGUGUAUAUAUAGAAGGUAGCUUAAUGCUCAAGAUGAUGUUUUAAGACAUUAGUGAUUAGUGGGAGAGACUUCAUGAAUUUUUCAUGUCCAUUCUUAUAGGCUAACAUCAAUAUAUACUGGUGACUUAUAUGUGCGUGUCUGAGAUAUAGAACAUACUAUUUACUGUAGUUAAGUUAGCAGAAAUGCUUAUUAUUUUUAGAGGGAUAAAUUUUUUCAUAUACUGAUUGCCUUUACGUAUAUGUUGCUCUUCUACUUCUUAGCCAAGGCACAGUAUAUUAUGCCUGGCAAAACUUGGAAUGUAUAACUAGCUUCCUAUGAACUCAAUGAAUAUGUUGUGAUGGUGAAGGAGGCAGCUGUAAUUUGCAUUUAUUCAGUGGCAGGGUGUAAUUCUUUUGUCACGUAAUCGCUUGUCGAAACAUUGGCAAAUGGAAUGCGCUCAUGCCCAUCUACCAGUUUUAUUACACCUGUCUACAAAAAAUGUUGAUGCAUGACUUAGUCUGGGACAGAGACUACUUGUGACGUAUUGCAUGACAUUAGGUAGAGUAAAAUAACUUCUGUGGGUUAAUGUUGUAUAUACAAGCAUGCUUUGAUCACUUUAUGCUUGUGUACCGUUGAUAUUGAGGUCAAUAGUAUGAAGGGUUUCUGUGGGGACAAAGAUGUAGACCCCUAAAUUAGUUGAGGUUUGAUUAUUUCUGUAACAUUGUGUGUGUGUAUAUAUAUAUAAAUAUAUUUGAUCUGG